ACCGGAAGCGGGGCCCGGCGGCGCGAUGGCGGCGGAGGGAGAUGUGGAGCUGGAGCUGGAGACGGAGCCGAACGGCGGCGGCGGCGGCGAUGGGGCGGGCGGGCGGCAAGCCGAGAAGCCGCGGAAGCACGACAGCGGGGCGGCCGACCUGGAGAGAGUCACCGACUACGCGGAGGAGAAGGAGAUACAGAGCUCCAACCUGGAGACGGCCAUGUCGGUGAUCGGAGACCGGAGGUCCCGGGAGCAGAAGGCGAAGCAGGAAAGGGAGAAGGAACUGGCCAAAGUGACCAUCAAGAAGGAGGACCUGGAGCUGAUCAUGACAGAGAUGGAGAUCUCCCGGGCGGCCGCCGAGCGGAGCCUGCGGGAGCACAUGGGGAACGUGGUGGAGGCUCUCGUCGCCCUCACCAACUGAGCGCCGGCCCCGCCCUCGGACACGGAGCACCGGGCCCAGCACCGGGCCCGGCGCCGCCCCCGGCAGCUCCGGCACCGCCCGCACUAACCGAGCGCCGGGCCUGGGCCUGGCGGUGCCGCGGUGGGGACAGGGUGGCUGGGUUCGGAGUGAUCCCCAAUCCAAUAAAGGCAGCGGUGGGA